UCAUUGAAGUAAAUUGAUAUUAAUGGAGGAGGUUUGGGGGAAAUUUAAACUACCUUCAGUGCUGCUUGCUAUAUGGCAAUUCCUGGCAGACAAGGCUUCUUCUGUUAAAAACAAACCCCAGAGUCAAUGCUAAAGGCAUUCUUGUUUUUAACUUCGCUUUAGAAAUCGUUUUCAUUCCCCGUAUUAUAAAUAUAUUUAUUUUCACUCAAAUAAUUAUUAAUAAAGCAACAAAAUAAAUAGCGACCGCGUUGUUUCUAGAACGAACGUAGCGCAACGAAUCACUCACAUCUAAAUAAAAGAAUAAAAGACGAAUUUCCCGUCAAUACUUGUGGCUUCCAAUCGACUCAAGUGCCAGAGACGUGACCUCGAUUUUCCGAGAGGCAACAAAGAGCCCCCGUUACAAUAAGGGCAUUGAUAGGCUGUUAAAUAUUAACUGAACUCAUUUCUGCACUUAACAUUAACCAUUAACCAGUUGGGCAGAAAAGAACUCUCCUUCUAACAGGAUUCUAGAUAACAUAAAUAUCCCGCUAAUAUCUGGUAGUAGAAAUGAUCACAUUUGGUGCCUGGGAAUGGCUUUGUGCAUAUAAAAGCAAAUAUAAUUCUACUAGUAAUUUCACAGCAUUGGGAGGAAAAUAUUUCUGUUGGUCGUUGCAUUCCUGGGAAUCUACAGAGGAAAUGCCUUGUAGGGAAGCAGCAGCCUUUUUCUUUCUGCAGUUUUUGUCGCAGUUACCCUGUCAUUGCCUCCCCACCCAGACACCGGGAAGCGAUUCGAGUUCCUUCGUGGAAGUGGAUCAGAUGAAGGCUUUUUCUUGGCUAGUAUAAAGCGUGGGUGGAAGCCAGCCCACCUCCUCCCAAGACCCUUAAGGAAAGUGCAGAGUCAGGUUAUCGCAUUGAGGGGAAAGCAGAAAAACGCACCCAAUGCAGCGCUUUUUUUUGUGUGCAAGAAGCUGGAAUUUUAUCUCUUCUCCCCUGUCCUCCUUACAUUCUCCUUACAUUCUUUCACUGCGUUCAGAUCACCGGAGAUUUUUCUUUUCCCCCUUCUUUGAGACGUUUCUUCCCAAGAUGAAAGUAAUCUGCCAGAAUCGCAGCCAAAAGAAACAACUUUUCAGAGAAGACGCCAGACUUGGAGCAUUUGGGAAGAAAGAAAGAAAAUCUGUGUAGCCCCCAUCUGCGUUAUUGCAAAGUCAGAGGCCAACUCUGGGCUGCGAUUUAUCUGCUCAACCGGCCCCCACCCCCAGUAAUAAGUCUUAGGGGCACUUUGGCGAGAAGGUGACCCCACACAGAGGCCUGGGAGAUGCCACCAGGAGGGUGAAGUUAUACCAGGAAUCAAUACAUUCUCUAUUCUGAUUAAGUUUCAAAUUGACAUAGAUUUGGCUGCUCCCACAUGAAGCAAAAUCAAAAGUCGUUUGUGCUUGGAUUCAGCACAGCAAUGGAAAUACAGGACGGACACCCCCCUAAUUUCCCUCUUGCUGUUAUAUCAUAUUUAUUGGAGAAGACAAUUAGACUGGUCGCUUCCCCGAAGAUAUUCCGUGCCAGGUGACUGUGGGGUGCCAAUGUUAUUCUGUAAGGGUGGGGACACCCUCCGAGUCGGUGACAGCUGUUUUUGGGGAUCCCGGAGAUGCAGAAAGCAUCCUACUAUGACAACCCCACUCUGUUCGGAGGUUACCCCUACCAGGCAGGGAGUCUGGGCUAUGAAGGCCCCCAGCAGUCCUUCCCCACUUCUUCCCAUAUGGACAAUGAAUUCCAGCGCUCCUCCUGCUCCCUGCAGUCUCUGGGGCACAGCGGCCCUCUGGUCAAAGCUAAGAACCUAAAUGGGAGCUGUAUGCGCCCCAACCUGUCCUCUGAGCAGUCCCAGCCCCUGUCUCCAACGGCCAACCCCAGUAGCAACACCAACAGCAGCAGCUCCCAGGCUUCCCUCAGCAAGCCCUCUCCAGCCAAAAGCCAGGCCAGCGGCAGCCCAGCCAGCAAGCAGAUCUUCCCUUGGAUGAAAGAGUCCAGACAGAACUCCAAACAGAAAUCCAGCCCCCCCGCCCCAGCGGCAGAAAGCUGCGGCGGUGACAGGAGCCCCCCGGGUUCGUCUGCGUCCAAGAGAGCGCGUACGGCCUACACCAGCGCCCAACUGGUCGAACUGGAGAAGGAGUUUCACUUCAACCGCUACCUGUGCCGGCCCCGCCGGGUGGAAAUGGCCAAUCUGCUCAACCUGAGCGAGAGGCAAAUCAAGAUCUGGUUCCAGAACCGGAGGAUGAAGUAUAAGAAAGAUCAAAAGGUAAAAGGCAUGUCUUCUUCAUCAGGAGGAGCUUCACCGAUUAGCACACCGCCCCUGAGCAUGCAGUCGUCUGCAGGGUUCCUGGGAUCCAUGCACUCUAUGACUGCGAAUUAUGAGGCGCCCUCCCCGCCCCCGUUUAAUAAGUCCCACCAGAAUGCCUACUAUCAGAACCCUGGCAAAGGUUGCCCCUCUCAGCAGAAGUAUGGGAACACUGCUGCAGAGUACGACCACCAUGGCUUACAAGGGAAUGGGGGCGCCUAUGUGUCCCCCAAUAUGCAAGGAAGUCCGGUGUACGUAGGGGGUAACUAUGUGGAUUCUGUGCCAGCACAAGGCCCGCCUCUUUAUGGUCUCAACCACCUUGCACACCAGCCCACCAAUAUGGACUACAAUGGGGCUCCUCCCAUGCCAGCCAGCCAGCACCAUGCACCUUGUGACCCCCACCCAACCUACACAGAGCUCUCAGCCCACCACCAGGGCAGGAUCCAGGAAGCCCCCAAAUUGACCCAUUUGUGAUUAAGAAGUAAUACCCAUUUCUGACUACAGAGGGCGCUCAGCCCGACCAUCACCUCGGGGGAACAAUAAAACAUUUCCACUUGAUCUAUUUUUCUUAAACAUUUUUUUAAACCUAUAGAGAUGUUACAGAAUCUUUUUUUUUUUUUUUGUUGCACUGUAGUAUCGAAACAUGAUUCAGUCAACACAGGGGGAAAGACCUGUUAUUAUAGGGCGUAAUAUAGCUGCAAUUAUGGACCUUUUUAUGAUCUCAAAAAUAUCACCAGAGUUGAGAGUCCAUGUCAGUGUAUACUGUGUAAUUAUAGAUAAUGUGUCAGACUAAAAACGCCCACUGGGGUCACCUGAUGGGUUUCUAGCUUGAUCCAGGGGCCAGCCUUUGUUUUUUUUUUUUUAAUCGUGGUUCCAAUAUCUUUAGUUUGUAGAAGCAAGAAAAAUACAGGUAAUAACGAUUUUAUUUCAUUUGCGAUCUGGUGUAACUGGCUUUCCCAUGAGUUUUUAUUUUUUUAGUCGUAGCAUCCUAGGCCUUAAGAUCAAAGAACGAAGGAAGAUGUAACUACCUAGAUAAAUGCCACUGUGCGACUUUGCUGUGAGAUCAGGUAUAGGAUUCCUAAAAAAAAAAGUACAAUUCUCACAGCCCUUAACAGGAUGGACUUGAAUUAAAAAAAAACGAAAAAAAACGAAGGAAAAAAAAAAAAUCUCGUCUUAACGUGAAUACAGGGUAUAAAUGAAGGAGAUGGGUGCUGAGAAAGCACAGGGGAUAGAGUGUUUGCUUAACUCUUUGUCUGCCCAUCUCCCUUGCACUUACAGUUUACAUGCAGAGCCCAAGUCCCUCCAUUCUGGAGACUGCCAGGCUUGUGUGAUCUUGUACACACAAAUAUUUAUUAUUGCUGCUUUUGAAAGCCGGUGAAAAUAUUUUCUUUUUUUUUUUUUCUUUUGUAUUAUUUAUCCAGCAUAAUAACCUAUUUAUAAAAAAAAAAAAUAAGACGAAAUUGUACUUUUUUGGUAUUUACUUGUUAUAAGAAAAAAAAACUUGUGUUUUCCAUGUCAUUGUAAAAAAAAAAAAUGCCUAUUUAAUUCUAGUAUUUUAGAGAGAUGUUUAGUUUUGUUUCCUUGUACUUCGGAUAAUGUAAUCCUGAGGCAUGACAAGCCGCCCAACUGUUUAGCCUCCAUAUGAAUAGAUAGGCUGCACAAAACCCUCUGGAAGUUCUUCUUUGUAGGUCAAUUUUCAUUUGAAAAAAAACUGUAUGUUGGAAAAAAACACAACUCUGUAAUAAAAUUUCUGUUAUAAAAA